UUUUUGUUGUUGUAUUUAUUUGUCUAUUUUUUAUUUAUAUAUUUGCUUUAUGGUGGGAAACAAGAGGCUACGCCAGCAAUUGGAGUUGGAGUUGUACGCUGGCCGCAGGUCGUCCGCCAAAAACAAGUCGGCGCUGAAGAUGAAGGUACAAGCUAUAACAACAACAACAACAACAACAACUCUUAUGUGAGUGUAUGUCGAUCAUGAAGAAGACGAAGUUGCCGAUAAUGAUGUUGGCCCGACGGACGAAGUCGAUGAAACUGAAACUUGGCGCAACGCUUUGGGCGAGGAGGCGGGGUGUAGACCGCAUGAUGAAGACACACGGCGGCCGUUGUGUGGAGUAUAAAGAGGGCCUGCGUGGCAUUUGGAAUGCAUUCAGUCGCUGGCUCCCCACUCGAAAGCAACUAAAUUUGCCUUAUAAUUUAAUUUUACUUCUCUCCCCCACACAUACACCACAAAACUCAUUGCUAUGAACUCCUUCUCAGUGUUCUUAGUGUUUGCUCUGGCUGCUCUGGCCGCUGCUGAGCCCCCAUCGGGCUACAAUUAUCCCCGUGGUGGUGGUGGUGGUGGUGGCGGCGGUGGCGGUGGCGGUGGCUUUGGCGGCGGAUCCUCAUUCGGUGGCGGCGGUGGAUUCCAAGCCGUCAGCGGUGGCUUCCAGACAUCGGAGGGACAAAAUGUUGAUCCCCAGCUGCUGGAGCAGGUGCGUCAGAUUCUGCUGAAUGAGGAGAGCAAACAGGGAGGUGGUGGCGGUGGCGGCGGCGGCGGCGGUGGUGGUGGUGGUGGUGGCUACCCAAGCGGACCAUCCUCCAGCUAUGGCCCACCCUCGACCAGCUAUGGUGCGCCCAGCAAUGGAGGCGGUCGCGUUGUUGGCAUCGAUCUUGAGGGCGUGCGUCAGGCCAUCCAGGUGGCUCAGUUUGCGCAACAGAGCUCGCAGGCUAGCAGCGGCGGUGGCUAUCCCAGUGCUCCAUCUGGCUCGUAUGGUGCUCCCUCAAGGCCCAGCGGCAGCUAUGGUGCGCCCUUCUAAGCCAAGCGACGCACAUCUAAAACAAAUUUUUGCUGCCAAAAAAAUGAAUACCGACGGAAAGGACGACAUUAAACGACACAGCCUGACCUAACGACAACAACAACAACAACAAUAACUGAAAUCAACAAGAAUUUAUGAAAGUAUGGGCUCACCAACAACCAAUACUUGAACUUGGCUAAAAGUUCGUGCGCACCACGCCCCCCGCCCCCCUAUUGAAACACCUUCUGAGUGAAAACGUAGUUCGACUAGUGAUGUAGAGUGAACGGUCGAAUCCAUCCACCGUUUCAUUCACCUUCCAUCCCCUAUCAAAUCUCGCGCUAUCUCACCUUUCCUCCAGAAGACCCAGACUCAGUGACUGUAUAAUUUCUCUAAACUAUCUUUCUAAUUGAACUCAAAAUGCAAUUUCGCCCGGCAUUUGAGAGCUAACCGAAUUUCGGGGUGAAAUUCGUUUUUUUUUUUGUAAAUAGUUUUUUCUCAACACCUUUUUUUUGUAUCAAACAACAAAAACAAACAUUCUCUUCACCACAAAACAGUGUUAUAACGCAUUAUUAGCAUGUAAGUGUUUUUAUUUUUAUGAAACAAACAAAGA